GGGUUGUUUUUCAUCAACCAGCUCUCUCUCAUAUUUUCUUAAGCAAGAAACACAAUCCUCUUAUUUUCAAAAGUAACAACUUCUUCUCCACAUCAACAAUGGCACCAGCAACAAAGUAUGCCGUUGUGACUGGCUCAAACAAAGGGAUUGGAUAUGAGACAGUGAAGCAAUUGGCUUCCAAUGGCAUCACAGUGGUGUUAGCAGCAAGAGAUGAAAAGAGAGGCCUUGAAGCUGUUCAAAAGCUUAAUGAACUUGACCUUUCUGGCAAAGUGGUUUUUCAUCAGCUUGAUGUAGCAGACUCAGCUAGCAUCGCUUCCUUCGCUGAUUUCAUCAAAACCCAGUUCGGAAAACUUGACAUCUUGGUCAACAAUGCUGGAAUGCUUGGCGUAACUAUUGACAUUGAAGCCAUAAGAGCUUCAGGUGGACAAAUUGAUCCUAGUCGCGCAAUGAUUCAAACAUACGAAUUAACCGAGCUCUGCCUCAAAACAAAUUACUAUGGACCCAAAACCAUGAUUGAAUCACUAGCUCCUCUUCUUCAGCUAUCAGAUUCACCCACAAUUGUCAACGUCUCCUCCUACUAUGGCAAGUUAGAGUAUAUAACAAAUGAAUGGGCUAAAGAAGUGUUGGGUGAUGGAGAGAAACUCACAGAAGAUAGACUUGAAGAGGUGUUGAGAGAGUUUCGGAAGGAUUUCAAAGAAGGUUCACUGGAAAGCAACGGGUGGCCUACAUUUACAGCUGCAUACAAGAUGUCAAAAGCAGCCUUAAAUGCAUACACAAGGAUUGCAGCCAAAAAGUAUGAGAGUUUCUGCGUCAACUGUGUUUGUCCUGGCUUUGUCAAAACAGAUUUUAACCGUAACAAAGGCACCUUGACCGUCGAAGAAGGUGCGGAAAGCCCUUUGAAGUUGGCAUUGCUGCCUAAAGGAGGUCCUUCUGGUCUCUUCUUCAUGCGAGAUGAAGUUUCGGGCUUCUAAUAUGUGUAAUUUUAUGUUCAAAAUACGAAGUCAGUUUUUGUAAUUGUGGAUCAAUGCACAAUUGAUCUCCAAGAUGUUUGGCAAAACUAGUAAAUAAAUUGUCACAUCCUAUGUGAACUGUUUUUUUUUUUAAAUUAGAAUUGUCAACUUUUAUA